GCCUUCACAUCUCCGUGUUUCCAUGAUCACACGACAUCUCGUAACCCCGCAAGUGCCCGUCAAACCAUGUCUGCAGAUAUGGAGUACGAGGGCACCACGACGACCCUGACAGCUUUACCCCGGGAACUCUUCUGGAUGGUCUUCAAUCAGCUCUCGCCUAAAGACAUCAUCACUUGUCGUCGGGUCUGCAAGCUAUGGAAUCAGGCUUUCAGUAGUCCACUGUACCUCAUCCCGCUGCUGAGACAGCUCUUCCCUCGAGCUCGAGAGGUGCGGGAGCUCGACCACGAGACGGACACGGACGAUUCGCCGCCCGCAGUCGUAGAGGACGAUCAUUGGCGCAAACUCUUCGACCAGAUCGCGUCUCGAUACGACCACUUGCGUCGCGGCCAACCCCAAUCCGUACAGAAGUAUAGAUUAUGUGACGACUUUGGCGUCACGGGCGAGCGGGAGUGGUUCCCAGUCCAGCCGUGGGAGAUCCACGCCAGCCAACUCGUACAGCGCGUGGACUGUCUGUUCUCCGAGUCCUUCUGGUCCUACGAGGAAGGCGUGGUGGUGUAUCCGAGUGCGGACCAUGCCUGCUUGGUGCUCAUGGACCUGGACACGAGCCGUCGGUUCAUGGUGCCGUUCAUCAUCACCGGCAAAGUCAUCCGGCGCCUCCGCCUGCAGAAGCGGGUGCUGGUGGUGGAAUGGGCCGAGCCCAAGGCCUUCCACUGGCUCAACGACAGCGACGGCGUGCAUCGGCAUUUCGCCUCCUCGUUCGACGUGACCCAGUCGCCGUCGACCGGCACCUGGAGCAUCACCUUCCGCAACGAGUGGAAGAUCAUGUUCCUCGGCCAUCCGCUAAGUGAGAGAGACCGGUUCUACUCGACCCACAGCAAGACGCACUAUGCGAUCUACAUCUGGCAGCCGAACCGCAGCCUGUACACAGCCGACGACGAUGCCCCGAUCGAGUCGCUCUCGGUCUGGGACAUCUCCGCCCCGUCGUCGUACCGGCCCUCCCUGGAUCCCACGGGUCGGCUGCGCGAGGAGGCCAAGGACCAAGGGCCCCCGAUCGUCUCUCGGUUCGGCUUCAGAGAGCUGGGCUUCUAUUCUGUGCGCCAACGAGGUCUCCCCGGGGUGCAGUGUCUGAAUAUCACGGACGAUGAUCAUUCGAUAGAAAUUAUCGAAAGCCGAUGUCCAGAGCCGCAGGUACGAAGGGGUCCAGCGGAUUGGACCACCGAGGUGCGGGUGACUACAAUCCCCUUGGUCGGAGAUGGCCCUGCUUGGAGACGAGCGGCGGAUGUCUCCCUGCCACCUUACCGCGGCAACUGUAGCUUGCAGACGGGUCCCCUUAGGUCCUCUCCAUGGAAUGAGCCAACCUAUGCUAUUGUCUCGGAAGCGUACGACGAGAAAGCCCAAGUGGGGUAUUGUCUAUAUAUGUCUUCGACCCGGUGGCCGUUCGACAUGCGGAUGCUUCUGAGCAUCCAAACCCCUACUUCACACACCAGACUCAUGCAGGAUGAGGCAUUUGAGCUCACUGGUCGAGGCAAGAUCUACGGAAAUGAGAGGUACAUUGUUGGUGAGAAUGGGAAUCGUGAACUGGUCGUAUUCAGAUUUGAUAGAUAGAUAGAUUGAUUGAUUAAGAGUUCGCGU